AUGCAAGCUGGAAGUGGCAGCACGCUACGAGUGUUGAACGCGGGUAUCUUCUCGGCAGCGAGUCACCAUCUCCCGAAUCGGAACAGCGUCCGUCCUCUCCGCCGUUCCAUACACUGGGGCAAGGCCUGGUCGUUCGGAGACGCGAAGUAUGAAAGGGGUGGAAGCGAGGGGCCCGCGGGGAAAAAGGAUGGGCAGAAGCGCGCUGCAGAGGUACCGCAGUCUGUACCUGCGCCGCCUCGGGCUGACCAGAGGCCUGCUGCAGAGGCUCCGCCGGCGGCUGUGGAUAUAUCGGCUGCAUUCAAGUCUGCGUUGCACAAGAACCCCAAGGCAAUAGCCGCGGCAGGUCGCGCACCGGAAACGUCUUCAGGAGCGAAGGCUACGCCUAGAUAUGCUGCGAUGCUAAUGUCGCCUGGCGUUCGGAACUCGCGUCCUCAAAAAGACUCGAACCAAGAUAAACUGGCGGCGUUCUUCCCACCACCUCGUCCUGUUGAAAUCGCGUCAGAGAGCGACCACUCGUCCAAAACUGCCAAGAGUGAAGAUGCAUUGAAGAAGGACGAGAGGGCACACGUUCCACCAGCCAAUGCUGAUCAGGCACAACCUCGAUCCUUUUCCUUCAUCAAGAAGUUAUCGGCCUUCUUUUCGCUGAGUUCAAGUGGGGCCACGGAGGAAUCUGUCGCCACCAAUUUGCCUCAGCAACCUGAGAAGACGGAGGCGACCCCUUCAGGUAAUGAAGAUGCGGCUUCCGAACGAGGUCACUUGGUAACCCCUCAGGUUUCUCCUACAUCCAUACCGGUCAUUAAUUUGGAAGCGGAACACACGCCGGGCAGCCCGAGAGAGCAAGCUCGCUCGACGUCUGCUGCUGACCAGGGGACCUCAGGCGCAGACACGCGCUCUGUAUCAAACAGUGCACAGAUCGAGGCUCAAAUUGGUGAGCUCAUUGAAGGAACUGGCGUUCCAACAGCGGCGGAAGACCACGCGACCAACAUCGAACCCGAUGUAGUGCCUACAACACCAUCUGCUGUACAGACGGUUGUAUCAAACUCAGUCCAGAAGGUCAGAAAGCCCCAGUCUACCAAUAAAGAGCUGCCGACUGUCCCAGAUGUGAUAGACACUGCUCAGAGUAUUCUACAGACGCAGCCUCAUGAAAGCAAACCUGAAGAGGAUGACACUUUCCCUCGAGCCCAGGCUAGUUCCGGGUCCGCCGCUACAGAACCGACACCGCCCUCACUUACACUACUCACCGACCAAGCAGCUACCUCUGAUUUACAUCAGGGGAGUGUCCCUCCUCUUUCGUCGCAAAUCAGCACGGAGAAGAAAGCCGAUGCAGCAGAUUCGAUUGUGCAGAAGGUUCGGAAUGCUGCACUUGACUUGAUUCGGGAGGAUGAAGAACCUAUCCCUACACCGGAGGUCGAUGGGCAUCAUGCGGAUGCUAAGGGCGAAGCUGAGCCCAUAGCAACAGAAGUUCAUGCUCAACCCGAACCGCCAAAGGCCAAGAACCAUAACCGCUCUCAAAUGAAAUCUGAUGUCGUUCGCACGACGGCCGCUCCCGUCCAUGAACCGCCAAUCCCAUUUAAGUCGCCACAAGAACAGAAGGGCACGCGACAUGAGCAUGACCGUGCUGCAGCGGCUCCAUCCCGUGAAGCCGCACCGCACCUGGGAGAUAAGGCGAACAGGAAUAUCAAGGUCAAUACUGUGCGGAAUAAUCGGGAGUUUAUUGUGAAUAUUGAGGGGGAGACCCCGAAGCCACCGACGGCGGAGAUCACACAUAGGGUGCUCUAUGUGGAGGGUCUGCCCGAACGCCUUGAUGAGGACGGCGUCUGGCAGGUAUUCUCCCGAUUCGGGAUCAUCAAUGCGGUAUGGCUAACACGCACGGAUACGGGCGCCUCUGCGGGCACCGCGAUCAUCUGGUUCAAGCAGUCGAGGGUCGCAUUGCAUAUCGAGCAGAUCAGCCGACUCAUGCCCAUCAGUGUGCAAGGCAAUCCUGUCGCGGUGUCCUUUAGGGAGAACCCGAUCACCAUCACGCAGCCCGAAUGGCUCAUGGUAUAUAACAUUCCCAAUUCCGCGACACUGCAGACCCUGAGGCAGACCUUUGCGCAACAUGGAGGGCUCGAGAUGCGGCUUGUAUACUCUUCAGCGACGGGAGCUCCAUAUGCAUGUGUACGGUUCCGCGACCAGAGCGAAGCAGAGAAGAUAUACAAGCAGGUCCGGCUCAAACCAAUUUCUGUUGGGCAGAACAAGCUGCGCGUGGUGCGAAAUGGUCUAUUCACGCAGGCCUUUCCGCUAGCGCGUUGGCUAUGCGUGACGGGCGUCCCGGAGCACGCGACCCCGGAACAGCUGAAGGACGUCUUCCCCGAGGCCUUCCAGAUCAAAAUCACUACUGCGAAAACUCCGGAUGCAGAGCGCAUCGCUUUCAUCCUCAUGACCUCCGCACGCGCCGUCAAGAUGAUGAAGAACGAUGAAACCUGGUCGCGUGGACUCAAUGGGCACAGACUGCGCGUGGAGUCGCUGCAGGGGACUGCACUGACCGAGCGGGAUGCAUUUACGCUGCGCCUGAGCGAGCAGCCUGUCUCGGAGGGUGAUGGCCUUGAACUUCAGCUUUGA